ACAAAGACACAGUAUAUACACUGCCUGCAUGCAGCCAUAGCCAAGCCGGAGGCGAAGAACCUAGUUCAUCAUCAAUGCCAGGAAAAACCGGCGCAAGCCGCGCCGGCAAAGAUAGCGGCAGCAGCAACUCCAGCGCAGAGCUCAGCAGUGCAAAGGCCAGCAAGUACAGCAUAUGGCCAAAGUGGACGGACGAUGAGCUCGUUCCAGAUAAACGGGAAUCGAACAAACCAACUGGUGGAGAUGCAGGUUCCAGGGCAAGAAAAGGGACAGUCCUCUCUCCAGGACAAGGGGAUAUUGACAAGGGUGUUGAAGAUGAUAUUCUUCCUCCUUCGCUGAAAAAAGGGAGUAAUGUAUAUUGGUUCAAACCGGGGCAGUUCAUUUUAGCUCCCAGGACUCCAACUGUAGUGGCUGAGCCGAUUCCAAACGAAAUCGAUCUAAUCUCUGAAAAUUCUCACCUCUUGAAAAGCGAGUUGAUGUGCUCAAUCAUUAGCCAGCUCCUAGCGCUCUGGCACAAUAGGGAGUGUCUACAUCUGACCGGUGGGGAGCCAGACGGACCUGGCCCAGAGUGGACACCUUGGGGCCACAUACAGCACAGGAAGGAUCACAGUAUCCCCAUGCUGAAUCCUCAGGGGGCCUACGGUGUCAAGAUAUUCUGGAUGGGUGCCUGGAGGAAAAUUACAGUUACAGACAACCUCGCAGUCUCGAAAAAGUCUUCUGGACCAAAAUCUAGAAAAGAGAAUCCUGAGCCCCCAGCCAAUGAUAGUACCAAAGAGUGCGAUGUCGAUAGAAAAGAACCAAAAGGAGAUAGUAAAGAUGGAGAAAAGGAAAAUUUCGAAAAUAGUGAGGUUUUGCUUCCGAGGACAGCUAACACCUGUGAGCUGUGGCCGAUCAUCCUCACAAAGGCCAUCCUAAAAGUGUCUGCUCUAGACUACAAAGGUGGCAGUGAGUGGAAGGAGUUUGGUGACUCAAGUGUUAUCCACAUGUUGACUGGUUGGUGCCCUCAGACCUUAACAACCAGGAUUGAGAGUGAUGUACUGUGGGAGGUACUGUGUCAGUCGCUGCCACUGUGGAAAAGACGUGGUGGUGCCACUGAGACCAGUGGAGCUGAGGAAGACAAAAGAAAGGGCGAGCCACCGGAGCAAUUGAGAGACGAGGGAGAGGGAGGAGGAGAGGGGGAAAAGGUAAAGAUGGUGACUGCACAGUUUACCUCUGCUGCCAAUGGAAAACCUUUGAGCAGAGCUAAAGAGACUAUGAUGGCUGAAUCCCUGGAGAUACUGAGAGGGAAUGGAGUGAUCUCGGAGAAGUUUGACCCCAGGACAGAGCAUGCCCAGGUUGUGUUUGUGAGUCAGGUCAGAGACAUACCGCUCCAGCCUCCACCUAAAGUACCUCCACCCAUCCCAGCACCAGAGGAGCACGCAUGGUUGGGGUAUAGUCAAAGGAGGCGUGAACCAUGGAAGGGACCAAGUCCGAAGCCACACCCACCUCGUUGGGUGGAAGUAAUUACUCCGUUUGCCACCACCAAAGUCCCGGCCACCUCCAGUGCUCACAAUCUUGAGGAAGUUAAGGAAGAGGAAGAGAAAGAGGGAGAGGGACUCAAUUCUCCAGAAGGGGAGACAGGGAGGCUCCAGGGACCGUCGGUGUUGCAGGUGGCUGUGGUGAUGCCAGUGGGACGGAUCACGAUGACGGGGAAGAACUGACGAAGGAGAAAGGGAUAUGGAUGAAGUUUGAAGACUUUCGGAAGGCCUUUUCGAGUGUGGAAGUGUACACCCCACCGUCUCGGUUCAGGUUUACCCACUGCUACAGAGAUAUGACGGCAACUGUAGAGAUGGCCGCUCAAGAAGAGACGAAAGCAAAAGGCCGCGCUUCACACUCACCUGCCAACAAAUUAAAAGGGACGGAAUCAACUGUUGCAGAUGACACCAAUAUUCUGUUCAUAGAGAAUUCAAAUGACACCAGCGGCGAUUCAGGGGAAGUCGAGCUCCAUUUCGUCUUCUCCUGUCUCAGUAACUGGAGGGAGGACUCGAAAGACCUGAGAACCGAGAGAAAGAAAAGCACGGCACUACAGAAGAGGAGAGAGUCGAUUCUGUCAAAUCCACUCAGUCAGCGCUACAGCUUCAACUACUCUCUGGUUCGCAGUGGGGCAAAGACCUCAGCCUAUGCCUGGGCUGGCGGUAGAGCUCCUCCGCUCACCAUACCUGAGGCAGAUGAAGAGGACUCAUCAUCUGGAUCAGCAGUCUACCUCCCUCCUACCCCACCCUCACCGGAGGACGAAGAGGAGGAGGAGGAGGAGGAGGGAGAGAAGGAGGAGGGAGAGAGGGUGGUAGGUGGGGUACUGGUGGUGGAGGAGUUCAACUGGAGGUCCAUAUCCACCAGCAUGCCUCUACUGAGACUGGUCACCUCUGGAGUCAAGGGAGCCAUCGUCAAAGUCCAUAGAAGCAAAAAGAUGAUGAAGUUUCACGUGAAGGCACCAGUCGGUUACCACCUCUCAAUUUCUUCAAACGAUGACUUUGUUCUUUACAACGAGAGCGCUGCGUACGAUAGCAUGCACAAGGAAGGUGUUGGGUACUCCAAGAUAUAUUCUGGACCUGUCCCACCUCUGCCACCCAACUCAUGGGCUGUUGUGUUCAGAGAGGUGCUCCAGGUCCAGAGAGACCAGCAACUCCUGGCCUUCAGUCUGGACUGCCCGGUCCCUGGUCACCAGUUGAGGGUGGUGGACAACGACGACGGGAGGGAGAUGCCGAGAGUGGCCCACAUCACUGAGCCUCAGGAAUACAACAUCAACAAGAAAGGGUACACCAUACUGUGUGAGAUGUGGACUCGCUCCGACCCCGUGGUCGAGGGUAACAUCUGGAAACUCCGCGUAAUCAGCUCCGAUAAGGACCUCCCGCUCUGCGAAGGUCUGGAGAAGGAGGACGAGGGGGAAGAAGAUGAAUUGGAACAGAAGAAGAACGAGGAAGACGAAGAGAAAAACAAGGAGGAAGGCGCUGAGGGAGGAGGGGAGAAGGACGGUGAAAACGUCGCAGAAGUGGCGAUUGGAACUGAGUUUCACCACAAGGAGGUGCGGGAGUAUUGUCUUCCCGACAGAGACAGUGUGUUGUUCAGGUACUCUCUGAGAGCCAAGACAGAGUGCCCCAUCACGGUUCAGCUAACCACCUCCAAGAAGGAUGCUUUUAUAAAGCUUGAAAUCUUUCAAGGCAGUGAGUUUGAUGGAAGCCUGGUAGCAGUGACACAAGGAAGAGCCUAUUGCUUCAUCCCAUCGUUCUUCAUGUCCCCUUCUCCCAGCAGAGACGCAGACACACUGACCAACAAGUUUGUGAUGGUAGCCACCGUCCUUCACAAGAGCUGGCCGUUUGCCGACACAGCCUGGCCUUACAUCGACGAAAUACGAUCGGCCGAAGAGGAAAAAGCCAACGCAUCAGGCAGUGCGGGGGGAGGUGGGGGAAAGGGCAAAAAGCCACCCUCGGCUUCGUCUAAAAGCGGCAGUGGUGCUAAACCAAAGAAGGGGAAAGGAGGGGGGAAAGACGGAGGAGGAAAAGACGGGAGUGACGGAGUCAACAGCUGUCAGUCGCUGUCAAAUAUCGAUGGUAGCAAGCCGCACUGGACGCUGCGUGUGGCGAUACGGCAGAGAGACAAGGAUCAGUUUGAGAUGGGCAGAGACACCGAGAGGGAGGACGAACUGAAGAGUAUGCAGACCACAUGGGAAACGCAACAGCCUGGCAGACUCAAACAGGGUCAAGAGUCCAGACAGAAGUUCCUAGAUGCCCAUUCCCUGAAACCUCCCGACACUAAUUCUGAAGACCAGCAGCAUCUCACUGUCCCCUCUACACCAAGUCUGAGCUCAUCUACAACUCCACUGCCCAUCUCUCCCUCCCUCCUCCCUCCACACGCUCCCAUCCCGCUCGAGAGGAUCGACCUCUCCCUCUACACCAGGAAUAGUAACACAACUCCACAUGUGCUGACGGCAGAGGAAAGAGAGAGGAGGGACGAGGAGAGGAAGGAGAGCAUUUGCCAGUACCGGGCCUGGCGUCGCUCCGUUCUGGAGUCCAGGGACCAGGACCGACAGUUCAGGAACAGCGAGAAACUGCGACAGCUCCAAGAGGCUGAGAAACAGCAGACUGAACUGGAGGCAACUCGUAAACGUAUGAACAGAGGGCGAGAGAAGAUACGACAGGCCUACCUGGUCGAGGAGAAGGCAAGGAGAGAGGCUGAAGCAGCUGCACUCAAGGCGGUCGAAGAAGAGGCAGCUGCUAGCAAUGCAAGGGACUCGAAAAAGAAAGGAAAGAAGAAGUGAUUGAGACAACUAGACAAUUGAAAAAAUUUCAUUGUAUUGUACUCAUGUAAUGAGUUUUAGUUGCAAGAGAGAGCCUAGGCUGAAGGUCACGUGAUUGUCAUGUGACUCAUCGACAACCUCCUCUUCUUCGUUGGCCUCUUCCGUCAAUACAACAGACCUCAGUAGCUCACUCCGUAGAGAGCCUUCUGGAGGACUGUUGUUUUGCUCGUCGUGUUGUGGAGUCAAGUAUUUCAUUGUGACAGUGGAAGUGGACGAGUCGUAUGCAGUAACCUUGGCCUCCUUAUAGUCAGACACCUCAGGAGUACAAUUGGAAGACAACUCCAAGACCUUGAAUGCAAUGGUGUCCCCUACCCGUGGUGCUCCAGGCAAUGCAGGCA